AUUUUAAUGUUGUCUACCGUUGAAUUCACUUUACUGGAUAGUGCACUGGCAGUUGAGGAAUAGCAUUGCGAUAUUGUUUAUUCUUGUGCUUGUAAAUAGUCUGUGUAAAAUGAAAAGUUUAAAUAUUUUUAUUUAAGGGGUUAAUACUUGAAUACAAAAAAGUUUAAGCUCUAAAACAUAUUCAAUCAUGAUGUCGGGAUACAAUAUGUUCUGUUAUCAUCCAGUGAUGAGUCUUGAAAACCUUACAUAAUUAAGAGGAUUGUGUUACAUCUGACAUCAGACAUGCAUUGCUUCAAAACAGCAUUGUUGUGUGUUUUCUGUUGGGUUUUUGGUCUGAAUAGCGUUGUAGCUGUCACACGCCCAACUGCCAUCACCAUCAACAACAAUGGUUACAAAGGGUUGCUGGUUGCCAUACAUCCAUCAGUGGAAGAAAAUGAGAAGUUAUUAAACGAAACAAAGGUCAGCAAUAUUUGAAUUUUGUUACUCUUUAACUUAAAGAUAUGGAAAAUCUAACGUGCAACUGUUCAUGGUGCUGAUAAAAUACAAUUUAAUGACUGAAACAGAUGUAAGUUUCCCCAAGUUAAUCCAGUUAUAAUGUACAAUGGUAUUCCAAAAAGUUUAUAGGUAACUUGGAAUUUAGAAUUUAAGAGACGAGAUCAAUUACUAUAAAAAUUGCAGCAAUGUAAAAAACCAAAAAAAAAAACCAAAAGGGUUAUUUAAAAAAGGCACAGACUCUAGGAUCUUUACCUAAGAUUUUUUACUAUAUACUUACAAGCUUUUACAAGCAUCACCAAUACCAAUCAAAAUACUGUUGUAUAAAAAAUAGUAAUUUGCAUAUACUAUACUAUAAUAAAUUAAAAUGAAAUUUACCAAACUCACAUGAUAACUUAAAAAAAAGUAAAUUCAAAUAACUGAGUAUUGCAUUUAAAAAGUGUCAUAUGAUCUUAUACACUUCUACAAAGUAGCAUAGCAACAAAUUUUAAUUAAUUUUAAUUUUAACAACAAAUAACCAUAAAAUAUGAGCAUUACUUUAAAGGAAAGUACACAUUUUCUCUUAACAUUAAUUUUGUCUUAAAUUUGAAAUGAUGCUAAGUUAACAUAUUUUUGAAAAUGUUAGAGAUUGUGUGUGUGUGUUAAAUUAGACUUACCGCAUUUUUUGUCAUUGCUAUGUUUGCUACAAUUUUAGACCAUGCUGGAAGAAGCCUCAUCUUACUUGUAUACAGCUACUGAGAAGAGGGCCUACUUUAGUCAGGUGACUAUCCUAAUACCUAAAACUUGGUCAAGCAACUCCGCCUGGUCAUCUUCAAGAUCGGAGCUUUACAAGAAUGCUGAUGUGAUUGUCCAGAGUAGGGUCUAUAACUUGUUGUAAUGAUAUGAUCUGAUAAUUCUAAGAGUUCAGUAGGCUUACAUUUAACGAAAAUUUAGCACUUUUCACUAAGUAGCUAAUACUCAAUACUGUGGAAAUAAGUUAUCCAAAAUAAUACAUAAUGUUUUAAAUCACUUAUAAAAUCUUUAUCAUCAUUAAUAAAUAGCCUAUAUAAGUGAGUUGUUCAAUUUUAUUUUUUUAAAAUUAGGUGGUUAAUUUGUUAAAUAAAUAAUCUUUUACAACUGCAAGAUUUAACUGAACUUGUCUUCACCGUUAUUUAUGAAUGACAAGCCAUAAUCCUUAUCAUCCUCAGAUCCAAUCUCAUUCCGCAGCAAAAGAAGUAUAACACCCAAUACAGUUCCAUCCUCUGGUUCAUACACGCAGACAUAUGGAGGUUGUGGCAUUUCAGGAGUUAGAAUUAAUAUUUUCACUGAUGUAUUUGGAACAAAGGGCAGAGAAGCUUAUGGUCCUCCAGGUAUGCACAGGUUGGGGUUGUGCAUUUUGACUUCCCUUGCAUAUUGCAAACACAAUAACAGAAGUUAGACAUAUUGAAAAUUCAAAUUAAACAUGUUGAAGGAAUUUUUCGUCUAAAUCUCAAUGAGAAAAAAAAAUGUGUAGAUAUUUUUAGAAUCCCUUUCCAAGUAAAAUGUUUGAAGAGUGACAAAUAUGUUAUGAAUAAUUACCUGUGCUAAUGUUUUUUUUCUUUUGGUACAACAGGUAGAUUAUUUGUUCAUGAAUGGGCCCACUUUCGGUGGGGGGUUUUUGAUGAAUUUUCACAAGAUGGGGAGCCCAAAUUCUAUUUCUCACCGACAACUGGACACUUUGAAGCAGUCAGAUGCAAUAUUCACUUGGCUGGAAAAACAUAUAGGUGAUUUAUCAUGGUUAAAUCUGGUAUAACUUGUUUAUUUACAGUGAUUAUUGGGAUAUAAAUAAUCACAAGUUAUAAAUGGAGAAAAUUUAAAUUUACAAAUAAUAUUUUAUCUGGUAGGCCUAAAUUGUAUUAAUUAUGCUACAAGAGCCAAGUAACAUAGAUAAUAUUUAAAGAUACUAAUGGCUAAAAAAAAUAUUGCAUGUACAGUGGGUCCCCAUGCCCCUCAUAAUGAACAAUCCACAUAACAAACAAUCUGCAUAUUAAAUGUGGAUGUUCACCCCAAAACUCACAUAACAAACCAUGCUGGCGUUCACCCACAUGAAAAAAUUCUUAACACAUGAGUGUACAAAUGAUGUCCUCUGCUCAUUUUGAGCAGUUCUGAAGGGGAACAGGAGUCAGUGGCAUUCUUGUGUGUUUUUGUGUUGGGUUUUUGUUGUUUUUGUGUGUUUUGAGUUUGUGUUUGUAUGUUUAUUUUAUGUUUAUGCUGUACUAUGUUAGCUGGAUGGGGAGAUCAGCAGUGCAUCUGAUGAUCCUCUAGCUAAAAAACCUCAAGAAGACAAUAACACAAUGAAUGUGUACAAAGUCUAAACAGAAAUGUGAAAUUUUUUUGUCCUCUUUGUUCUCACCUGACACCCCAGCAUGGUAAUCAUUGAUAAGUUACUGUUUUUAAAAAUAAAUCAUUUUAAAAACUUUUUUUGUUUUUGUCGAUAAUGAAUGAACAUUUCUAUAAUGGAAACCUAUAGGAAACCCUGAUCCGCAGAAAAAACACCCAGCAUAAAGAAUGCUGUUCCAGACCAGAUAAACAUCGGUACGCAGGGACCCACAUGUAAUUUUUAACCAUAAAAUAUAUGGUGCAUGCUCUUGGCCUUGGCUUUAGGAAAAAUACAAUUAUUUUUAAUAAUUCUUGAUUCAUAGGAAAGACCAAAAUGGGAGUGAAGUCGCCUGCUCAAAUUUGAAUCCACAAACAGGGUUGCUAGAAAACUGUUUAUUUGAACCUUUCACUCAAGGAAACUACAAUGAAAAUAUUACAGCAUCUAUAAUGGAUUCAACUGACAUUAAAUCAGUAGGUUUAAAUGUAUUAUGCUAUUAAUUACAUCAUUUCAUGAGUUUUAAUUACAUACAAUCAAUAGCCUUAUUGUUUUCACUCUUUGUAUUAAUUUCACGUCACAUUAGUGACGUAAAAACCUCCAGUCAUAGAGUUUCAUAUAGUUCCCUACUUCAGCAGCUGGUCCAGUCCUAGAGUUUCAUAUAGUUCCCAACUUCAGCAGCUGGGAGACAGAGACACCACAUAAAGCAUUAAAAACUGAAUCGAUUUUAAAAAUAGGCAUUGACAUAAUUCGCAAAGAGACAAUUGAACAAUCAUCAUUUGUUUUUGCUACAUAGAUUUAGUGACAAGACAACACAUUUGAUGAAAAUAAAAAGACAAGAUUAAAAUUGACUCAAAAAGAUUAAUUUAAAAAGUGUCUGUUUUUCUUCCUAAACUCACUUUAUAUUGUUCACAGGUCAUUCAUUUUUGCAAUGACAAUAAUUCAGACCCCAACAGGGUACACAAUUUUGAAUCUCCAAGCAGGCAUAACCGUCUUUGUGGUAGUAAAAGUACCUGGUCCAUCAUAACGGAACAUGCAGGUACAUCAAUUUAUGGUUUUUUUUUGUUUAAGGGUACGUCAGUGUUCUAUUAAAAAAUAUAACUUAAGUAUUUUAUUACAUAAGUUAAAAAACAAAUAUAGCAACAACAAAAAAAAGAAACUUUUAUGCAUCUGUCUUUCUCAUUCUUCACUAUUAUAGUUCACUUUAUUUCUUUAUCUAUGAUUUCCCUCUCAUGAUUAUACUGCUUGAAAUAUAAUCUAUUUAUUUCAAUUAAAACUACAUCUUAACCCUUAGAGUAAGACAUUUUUUUUUAUAACAAUUAAACUUCAGAUUUCUAUAAUGGGAAAAAUUCCCCCAGAAAUAUUGAAAACACAAGACCAAGUUUUAAACUUGUCAGGGUGGCCACAACGAGAAGAAUGUUAAUAGCCAUUGACACAUCACAAAGUAUGGAGGUAAACAUAACUAGAAAUCAUUUUUUAAUUAUUAAUAUUUUGUGAAUUUAGAGUAUUCAAACAAGACUAGUGAUAACGUUGUUACAUUUUCCCUUUAAAAAAAACCACAGCAAUAGUUUUCUUCUAGAAUUUUGUAAUAUUUUUUUGUUUUGCAAUUAUGUAUUUUUAGGGAUUAAUUAAUAAAAAAUUAUAUGUGCUUAUUUCUUGCCAAAUUCUGUAGGUUUAAAAUAAAAAUGUUGUAAAAAAAUAAUUAUUUAAUCUAUUUAAGAUAGAUGAUAAGCUCAACAGAGCAAGGCAGGCAGCAACAUCAUUCAUAGAAGAUGGAGUUGAUGAUGGCAUUGAACUAGGAGUUAUCGCUUUUUCUGAUACUGCAAGAAUUGUUGUUCCAAUCACACAAAUUACAGAUGCAAGCACAAGGGAGAGAAUUUCAAAGUUGCUGCCAACAAGUGCUGAAGGCGCUACAAGUAUUGGGUCUGCACUGCUGAAAUGUAUAGAGGUACUUUAAAAUUAUAACAAAUCCUUCAAGUUCAAUAAAAUAUUCAAAGUUUCAUCUGAGCUUCUCUAUCUUCACAUGUAUUAUAUUAUAAGAAAGUUCAAUUUUCCUCCCUACAGGCUGCAAAGACAUUUCUUAAUGUUAUUAAUUUCCAACAGGUUUUAGAUAGACAUGAUCACAAGUCCAGUGAUGACCACAAAUCAUCUGAUGCAUUCAUUGUUAUUAUCACAGAUGGGGUUGAGACAUCAGGACUAAAACUGGAUCAGGUGAUGCAACAGGUGAAGGAUGCUGGAGUGGUGGUCAGCACUAUUUCUUUCUCCGAUGACCAGGACAAUGGCCUCGAAUUGCUUGCUGAACAAACAGGUUUGACUGAGGGAAUGGGCUAGGGGGGUAUUCAAAUGUAUUGACAGAUUUAGUUUAGAUCUUAAGAAACCAGGUAUGUGAGAAAAAAAUCUAAGCCGUUUAUUCUUUUAUUAAGUAUUUAAAGAGUAAAUUUAUGUUUUUAAUUUUUAUUUUUACACCUUUCUAUCACUUCAGUUAAACACAUCUAUUAAAAUAUGUAACAAAAAUUUCUAGUGAAACAUUUUCAGCUCGUCUUUGCUCUAAAAUAAACUUAUACUUAUGACCUUUAGAAAGAGUCAAAUUUUUGUUCCAUUGGUUUAUAUCGAGACAAGAUCCUCUAAAAUUGUUUCGCUUUAUGAUCUAUUAUAUAUUGAUAAUUAUAAAAUUAUUUUAUUGUUAAAAUGAACAUGAUUUAAGUUGUAUUUUUAUUAACUUUCCCUUUAAAAGGUGGUCGCUAUUAUUAUGAUGCCAGCAGUGAACUAUCGAUAUCAACUUUAGAAGCAGUUAUGGAUGUUUAUGAUCUGCUAGAUUCAGGUCUAGGACAAUCCCCAGUACAAGUAAGGCAAGGGGAAUGAUUUAUAUGUUAAAAAAGAGACUGGGUUAUAAACAUAUUUAAACAAGGCUACAUUAAAUUGCAUAUAAAAAUGUUAUUGUCACCUUUGUAAUUAUUUAAGCUCAGGUUGAAUUAAAAUAAACUUCAAAAUUAAAAAUUUCACUAUGUAAUAUUCAUACAUUUCAGUUAUCUGCACCUUUUAUAACCUAUCAAUUUAUUUGUAUCUGAUUCCAGAUCAUGAGUCGCUCUAAAACUCUCGACAAGUCUGAGUCUGUCCAAGGAAGCUUCCUCAUGGAUUCCACCCUGGGAAAAAACACAAGGGCUAUUAUAACAUAUACAGGCACACUGCCCAGCAUUGUCCUUGUGUCACCAACAGGAAGAAAAUUUUCUUCCAUCUAUCCAGAAUUUUAUCAUGACCCUGUAAUGAAGAGGGUGAAGAUAACCAUUCCAGUUUUUGCUGAGGUAGUAAUGCAUUAAUUUUGUAGUUUGACAUUUUUAACACAUGAGGUAGCACACACAGAAAUAUAAAUGGGCGUUCUCAUUUUUAUUGAUUUCAAUUUCUUUAUUUAUGGAAGGGAAUAUGAUAUAAAUAAUAAGGAAGGACCCAUGGCCGCAUCAAUGUGACACUGGUUUAUAGUACAUCUUUCUUAACAGAAAAAGUAAAUAACUGAAUUCUCAAUUAUUUGUUCUUUCAGAAAGCUGCUUGUCAUUGUUCGCAUUGAAAGAUAGAUCUACAUUAUUUCUGAUUUUGUGUUAAAAUAAUAUGCUGACACGCUAUAAUCUGUAACAAGUUUUCAUUUAUCAAAACAAAAGGUUGCUAGAAUUACUUUAGGUUUCUUGCAAUAAUUUUAUCACUGAACCUCUCUUACAUAACAGUGCUAAUUCCUGCUAGAUAUUGAUACAGCUAUCAUAAAUCAACUUGUUUCCAAACGCAAAUGCUGUUCUCUCCCCCAAUAAUUUGUUUUUAGAAAUUAGUGGAGUAAAAAAAAAAAUUGUAUUAUAUGUAUUUUGUUGCAGGUUGGUCGCUGGUCAUAUGAAAUUACCAAUGAAGAUAGCUCUAGGAAGAAAUUUUCUAUAAUGGUUAUGUCCUCCCCAAGAGACCCUGAAACCCCUAAUCUGAAAUUCACUGGGGCUAUUCUGGUAGAAAAUACAACCUGGCCAGUCAUUUCAGUUAUUGUAGCUGAAGUAACAAGGGGUAACCAACCAUUGAAAAAUUUGAAGGUCAAAGCUAUUGUAACCAGGCCACUGGCAGAUCCUGUAGAAGUGGAACUUUUUGAUACAGGCACAGGUAAAUAUUACAGGAUAAUAUAUGAGGGACAGCUUUCAAAUUCUGUGAAGUAGAUUAAUAGUGGAACAAGAUAGUUUUAGGCUUGAAAAGAUAUGACAAGACAAUUAAACUUACAUUUCGGAUAGAUGCCUGUUUUGCAGCAGGCAAUAACAAGAAACAACAGAUGAUUUAAAUUACAAAAAAACAGAAAUAAAGACAUGUUUUCAAAAAGAGUUUUAAUUUUGUCUUGUAUUGUCUGCUGAUGAAGGUGUCUAGAUGAAAUUUUAGUUUAAUUAUCCUGUCUUUUCUUUUCAAGCCUAAGCAUAACUUGUUCCAAUAUCAAUUCAAAUAUUACAGAUAAACCUUUAGUCUUUUUCUUACAAAUACAUUUAUUGGAUUUUUUAAAAAUCCAAGUGUGAAGUAAAAUAAUUAGAAAAUGCUAAUACAUUUAUGUAGACCUACAGUAUUACUUUAGAAAAUGUUCUGCCUUAAUAUUUAAUACGGUUUUUAAACAAUAACUAUGCCUAAUGAUUACACAUUUUUUUAAGGCGCUGAUGUCAUAAAAGAUGAUGGUAUAUAUUCACGGUUCUUUACAAGUUUUUCUGCCUCUGGCCGCUACAGUGCCUUGAUUGAGAUGAUGGAUGACAGUGGUGAUGAGAUUGUGACAGGAGGAUUAAGUGAGAAUUUUUUGUUGAGUUUUAAAACUUAUUGGCAUAAAAAUAUGCUUUUAGAAAACAAGAUGGGAGUACAUGGAGAAAAUUACAUACCAAUCUCUAUUUUGUACAAAGUCUUUGGUUUGUAAAUGCUGUUUAUUGAAUAAGAUAUGAUAUUUUAUUAUAUGGCAAUUUUCUUUUUUGUGUUUAAAGAGAAGGGUCAAAGCUGUACAUGUAAAUAAUACACAUCUUUACAAUUAUUUUUAGUCUCCUUUACAUUAUCAAUUUGAUUUUCAAUUUAUAACUCUCAAAAUAAAACUAUUUUGAUAUGUAAAUUCAUUAUUUAUUCCUAGUUAGCUCAUGUUUUUUUAAAAAUUUCCAUCACUACUGAUUUUUUUUUCAGUUGCCCGUAUUAUGUCUCAUAAAUUUCUAAUAAAAAUUCCGUUUAUUUUACUGGACUAUUAAUAGAGAUUAAUCUUGUGAUCAUUUUAUUUCUUUGCUUAUUUUUUAAAGAUGUAGAUCAGUCCCAUUUGGCCAGAGUCUACGCUGGUAGUGUCAGAAUUGAACACAUUCAAUUCCCAUCAAAGACUGGUGAGUCAUCAAUCACAGUUAUUGAUGAAUACCCACCAAUGAAAAUCACUGAUCUGCGAGUACUGUGCACAUCUCAUAGCAAUGGAACUGUUGUGUUAGCCUGGACUGCACCUGGAGAUGAUGCAGACUAUGAUAGAGGUAAGUGCUUGGGUUCAUCUAUAGAUAUAUUAUUAUAUACAUAUACAUCCAUCCAUACAUACAUAUAUAUAUAUAUAUAUAUAUAUAUAUAUAUAUAUAUAUAUAUAUAUAUAUAUUAGUGCUCUUAUCUUCUGGCCUCACUCUAUGAAAGAGAUUUUUUCUCCAUGAUAUGUUUUUCAUAUAUGUGUCUAAAAUCACACAGAGAUAAUACAGACUAUAAUAGAGAAAAGUGUGUGUGCUCAUAUAUAUAUAUAUUUUUAUAUACAUAUAUACACACACAUACAUACAUAUAUAUAUAUAUAUAUAUAUAUAUAUAUAUAUAUAUAUAAAUCUAUAUAUUGGAGUCCUCAUCUCCUGUCGUCACCCUAGUUAAGAGUUGUUCAUUCCAUGAAAUGUUUUUCUGAAAUUUGACUACAAAAUACUCCUAGAGCCUCAUCUACUUUCUGUUAACAAUAUUUCUUGUUUUAUUCCAGCAUUUGCCUACACAAUUCUGAUGAGUUCCACAGCAGAAGACAUGGUUAAAAAUGUGGAUUUACCAGCUCUGGGCAAAUCUGCAGUCAUUAAAGGAAACCUUGACAAACCACAAUUGUAUGGCAGUAGAGAAGAGGUGUGGAUAACAUUAACAUUUCAAUGCAUCGCAAUAGCAGUAGUAGAAGCAACAAUUGUUUAAAAGUCAUUUGUUCGUUUGAUUUAAUAUAAGAAACUAUAUGCAAAGACCUACCUAAAGCAUGAGUGCAUUCUCCCCAAUGUCACAAGAUUGUGCCAACCUCAUCCCUAUCAACAGAAGAAACAUCAGAAUCACUUUUCUUUCUGUCAGUUAAUUUAUUUCCUUUUUCUUUUUAACAAAUGUUACAAGCCUGGAAGAUUUCUUUACAUAAUGAGUACCAAAUGUGAAUUUAAGUCAUAAACUGGAUUGACCCUUAAGACACUAUUUAUAUCUAUUGCUAUCAAAUUAAUUUAAUUUUUUUUCUGAUUGAUGCUUUUUGUAAAGGUCUCUUUCUGAAGAAUUCAUUUUAAAUAAAAUUGACUCAUUGUUCAUUAGGGCACCCUAUUAUACAAAUAUAUUCCAUUUCCUUACGCAUUGAAGUGAAAUGGAAUAUAAUAAAAAUUACUACAGAUAUUACUCUUGGUUAUGUGAACCAUUUUCUCUUUAAAAACGAUAUUAAUUUUGACCGAUUUUUUAUUGUUUAAACCAUUUUUUUUUUUAAAGAUUCACAUGCAAUUUGAAUCAUUCUUUUAAAAAUAUUAAAGUAGAACAUAAAUUAAAAGUUUAUGAGGUUUAUUAAAUUAUUUAGAAACUAUGAAGUCAAUCUCUUAACUUCAUUGGAGUUGAUAAGUGCUCACAUUUAUCUUUUCUCUAGAGACUGCUUGUAUUUCCCCACAUUGAUUACAACCCAUAGCCUUGUAAUGCAUUAACUGAAAUCUAGAUAUUCCAUACAGGUGACGCUGAAGCUUAACACUUCAACAGAGAAAAACACAAGUUAUGUCUUCUCGGUAUUUGCCACUGAUGAAUCAGGGAAUAAAGGAGAGAUGUCCAACAUUGUUACUGUGGGUUUUGGAUUUGUGCCUGAUAUUUUAACACAAGAGUUUUUAAGUGAAAUCACCAUCGAUGAAAAACCAGAUGCCAAAGUGCCACCUGGCAAUCAAAAAGUCGCUAUUGCAUGUGUUGUGGGGACAGCUACUGGUCUUCUGAUGGCCACUAUUUUAGGAACUUUCAUAGUCCAUUACGUGAUGCUAAGAAAAAUGAAGAAACGAGAGAAAAAUCUGUUUGGCCAGUCUCAAAACAGGAUAGUAUGAACUGUGCUUUGUCAUACAGAUUAAACUUCCAAUCAUGACAUUUUACUAGUUACUUUAAACGUCUCAGACACUGAUGAAUUGACCUGGUCAUCUCUUGGAAUGCCAAUUAAGAGAGUGAUUUUUUUUCUGUGACAAGCCUGAAAUGAAAAUGUCUUUUUUGGGACACACAUCUUGGACAUCUUGCUCAAAAUGUUUGCAUUAUGAAGGAAUUACCGAGUUCCCAAUGUGGUGCAGCAGAAAUUUUCCUAAUGUAUUUAUUGAAAAAUUUUUUUUUUUUUGGAAGAGUUUUAGCAUUUAUUUUUCAGAUGUACUAACAGAAUCGGAAGGGUCAUUAUGCACACAAAUCAUCUAUUUUUACCAGUGAUUGCCGCAAUUGCUGGUAGCUAUUGCUGGUAGCAUUAUGUUUUAAGUUUAUGGGUUAAUGCAAUAUAUAUUUCAUUAUUAGUACCUCUAUAAUCUCUUAACUAAGAAUUUUAUUUAAUUAAUUGUUCAUUUCAUUUCUUGUUGGAUCCAUUUUCUGUUCUUUGAUUUUUGCUGUAAACUCUUUGUUUUCUGUCACAAAUACUCGUCUGACAAUUUAUUUGUCAAGUAAAUGCUUUAUUUUUGUUUUUUUAAAUUUGAAAGUUGUACAUUGUUACCAUUAGAAAACUCAGAGAGGCUUGGACUGUGUUAAAGCUUAAAAUGAUAAAACAAAAAGACAUAAUAAAGCAGUGAAUAAUUAAUGAUAGGACUACUUUUUUACAUGAGGCUAUUCUUCAUGUUACACUCUAUUGUGUGAUUUUCAGACGGGCAUUUUUUAAUAAAUAUUUUGAGCAACAUAUGUGCACAUAAAUUUGUGGUACUAAUUUUAAAGUCUGUUAAUAUAGUAUAUAACAUAGUAGGCAAAUCUAAAACUAAAAUGAUUUCAAAGAGAAAACAGAUAAAUUUUCAACAAGUUUGUUUUAUUGCAAUGUAUGCAACCAAUUAGACAUACAAAUAAUGAAGACAAACAACUAGUAAUAUGAUUGGAUUUUUACUGAAUAAUGAGAACAUAAUUCAACAAUUUUCCUUCCAUAAGUAGCAUGUGUUUAUUUUCAAAGUCUGUAAAGAGCAUGUUUAAUAAUUUUGAUGGCGUUCUUCAAAAGUUAUAAGAAAAUUUUAAUCCAUAUUUUUAACUACAUUUUUGACAUGAAUACAAAAGGGAAAUUUAAAUAUAGUCUUUAUACUUUCUAAUUCUGGCUAGAAUUUUAUUAAUAACUCUCACAAUAUGAGGGCAAAAAAAUUGGACUUUAAGCAUUCACAGACUAAAAUUUCAUUUAACUAUGAGGUAACCACAAUAAAGAUAUUCUUAUAUUAAAAAAAAAAUAAAAUGCUGGCCAAUGCUAAAGAUAAGUGCUAAAAUUAUUUACAUUAUGCCAUGUUACUUUUUUAAAUUAAAAAUAAAAAUAGCAAUGACAUUAUGCAUUUUUGUUAUGAAUAGUAUAGUUGUAUAAAUGUUGACAAAAAACAUGUCAUAAAAUUGUCACAUUAUGCCCUAUGCUUCUUGCCAUCCACAAGCAACAUGUAUUUUAGGCAUUAUUAAAAAAUAAGAUAGUAUACAUUUACAAGUCCCAAAACACAAU